ACAAACUGUAAUGGUGGAACCCGAAAUGCCGAACGUUAUACUAGUUUAUUGUAACUAACCAACUCAAAAUACAAGUUACCUUUUGUUCAUCGGGAUUGGGUAUAUGAACAUGAGGGAUCUCGUCGUUGUUUAAACAAGAGCACCGCAUUGGACAACGCGCCCGCCGCAAACCCGCGAUAACAAGAUGGCAGUAAACCUGACCGUAAAAGUGCUGCAGGGCGGGGAAUGCACAUUAAUGAUGUCUCCGGACGACUCGAUCCAAGCCGUCAAAGAGAAGGUGGCGAUAGAGUUGAGUGUUCCCAUACAGCAACAGAGACUAGUACUUCGAGGAAAGACGCUGAGUGGACUUUGACUACAACCUGCGCAUCAUGAGUCUGGACGACGUCGAGCGGCUGGCGAGACACGGCCUGCGUCUGCAGCCGGACGGCGACGCGUGCGAUGCGUAGCAACGUGCGUCUUGUUCCGUUACAGCGUUCCAGAACCACAAUUGUUCAGUUGCAGUGCUCUGGAACAGCGAGCGUUCGCGGUGUUCCGGAACCGUGAUUGCUCGCAGUGUUCCAGAACUGCAAGCAUUCACAGUUGCAGUCGUCUGUACUGCAUGAGUUGGUCGUGUCUGCACUGCCGUGCGUCCGCGCGCGUGUGGAAUCUUCGUUGUUAGAUUGUGAGAGUUUUGAUGAGUGUAGUUGUGAAGGAUAUCGAUCGGCAAUGAUAAUUAUGCACGUGGACGCGGUUCGAGACGGGAAGUCUUAUUACGAAUGAUAAUAAAUAAUUCUUUUUUUACUUUUAAUUGAAACGAUAACUCGUCGAUUGCUGGUCUACUAUUCUAAUGCAUAUUCUGACGUUUGCAACCAGUGUUGGCCUUGGUAUUGCAUGGGCUGUCAUGCCGCACAAGUGAUGUAAUAACUGAAAUUUAAUAUUGAUGUCAACUACCAAACGGUUACGUAAGUUUCUAGUGAUUCGAGAAUGAAAAUAGGUCUCAAGUCAUGAUAUCAGUCAUAAAGUCACAAAACAAGAUGAUUGUACUACGUAAAUGUUUAGCGAAAAAUAGUUGCACCUGCACCUUGAAAAAAUAUUUAUAAACUUACGGGUGUGGUUUUCGUUUUAAUUUCACACCUCUUGUGUAUAUUAUGUCUCCCGAUGUAAAUAUACAAACGUGAACAAAAUUUCUACAGUACUGGGCACUUUUUAUUCCACAUUUGCCACGUCAUACGGAUCACGAACGAAACUGAAAAUACACGUAAAAGCUUAAAUAGUCUACAAACAAAAGUGCGACGCGCCGUGGAACAAUCACGCAAGCGUUGACCGGACUUGCGCGAAA